CUCUCGCCUUGUCUUGUUCAUUCCUUUUUCUUUCUUCUUCAUCAUCUCCCCUUUCCUCGGCCUUGCUCUCUUUUUGCCUUCGCUUCGCUCAGGGGCUCUGCUAGCGGCUUAGAUUCAAGCCGGUGGUGAAACUUUCGCCCCCUUCGGGCCAAGGACGCAGUUUUUGGGAAUUCCGAUUAACCGUUAGUAAUCUGUGCUUACAACCUCGAGUUCGUGUGGGGAAAUCGUGCGUCGUCGUCGACAGCCAUGUCGCUGAUUCCCAUUGCGGUUGCGGUGCUGGUCGCCUACGGCAUCAUCAACUGGGCCCUGAACCUGCGAUAUCACGUUAAUGAGGCCAAGAGAAGUGGUCUGCCUUAUGUUGUCACUCCGUGCUCCCCGUUUUGGCUGCCUUGGCAGGUCUCACAUAAGCUAUGGGUGCCCAUCAUCAAGCUAUUCCCCAAGUCGUGGUGGGAUGGCUGGCUCGAGAUUAUGAUACCCAACUUUGCGUACCGGACUCGCCACGAUUGGUUCGCCAAGCUGGGCGAGUCUUUCCUGGUGGUUUCUCCCAACAGGCUGGUGAUGAUGACGGACAAUGCGGAAACCAUCCGUACCAUUACGCUCAAGCGGGAGCAGUUCCCCAAGUGGACCGCCGUCUACAACAUUCUGCGGAUGUUUGGCGAGAAUGUGCUGACUACCGAGGGGAGCGUCUGGCGCAUGCAUCGCAAAGUCACGUCUGCCUCCUUUAACGAGAGGAACGCUGCCUUGGUGUUCCGCGAAGCCAUUGCUCAGACGCAGGGCAUGUUGCGGAUGUGGACGGGCCCUACGGGUACUAGAACGGAGCCGUUGAAAUCGCUUCAGCGUGAUACCAUGAAGUUGGCUUUGAACAUCAUCAGCUAUGUUGGUUUCGGCAUGCGUCUGCUGUGGCCUGGCGAGGCGCACCCUGCGGGGACGGAACCCAAGAUUGUCAAGUACGGCUCUCACGAGCCUUCAGAUGGACACCAGCUGAGCUUCACGGACACUAUGGAGAUUCUUCUGCAUUACCUCUUACUUCUUCUUAUUAUUCCGCGGUGGAUACUGAGAUUGAUUCCCUCCAAGAAGGUCAAGAAAGCAGUGUUGUCUUAUGAUGAGUACGUUAGUUACAUGAAUGAGCUCUUGGAUGAAAAGAUUGAAGAAGCUCGCAAGGGAGAGCACGCAGAAGGCAUGGAUCUCAUGGGACAGCUUGCGAAAUCGUGCUUUGGAACCGACAACAAGGACGCCACCUUGACGCGCGAGGAAAUCAUCGGCAACGCCUUCAUCAUGUUCGUGGCCGGCCACGAGACGACGGCCAACGCCAUCCACUUCACCAUCAUCUAUCUCGCAACCCACCCCGAGGCGCAGCGCAGGAUGCAAAAGGACAUUGACGAUAUCCUCGGAAACCAGGACCCCAAAGACUGGGACUACGACAGCCUGGUCAACCCGAUGACUGCCAGCAUGAUUGGCGCCGCCAUGUACGAGACGUUGCGAUUGGUCCCGGCCGUGUCUGAGAUUCCCAAGAAGAUCUCGCCCGAUGCCGACGAGAGCUUUGUCAUGGACGGUACUCGAUACGUGAUUCCCAAGGACACGGGCAUCUCGUUGGUGACGGUGUCUACUCAUGUGAACCCGCGAUACUGGCCAACGCGCCCCAGCAAGAUUACGCCCGGCAAAUCCAACAUCCUCGACUACGACCCUUCGCGCUGGUUCCUGACGAAGGAGAAGCUGAACGGCCAGGGGAGCGAAGUCGUCGCCGGCGCCGAUUCCGAAGAUUUCGGCGGUUUCCAGGGUUCGGAUAUCAACGCGCAGCUCUUUAAGCCCGAGCGUGGAUCCUACAUUCCCUUUAGCGACGGAGCACGGUCAUGCUUGGGGCGACGCAUCGCCGUCGUCGAGAUUAUUGCGGCGCUGGCAGUCAUUUUCCGAAGCUACAGCAUCGAGCUCGCCGUGGAUGAGUGGGCGACUCCGGAACAGGUGGACAAGAUGAGCCGGGACGAGAGGGCUGAGGUCUACAAGAAGGCUCAGGACAAGAGCCUGUGGACGGUGGGACAGGCGUCGACGAGACUGACGCUUAACCUGCACGACGGCAUGCAUGUGCCUGUCCGGAUUGUGAAGAGGGGAGAGGAGAAGUUUGUGGACUGGGUGGAUAAGGAGUGAUUUCGCCAUCUACGAGAAUUUUUUAUGCAAAGAAGCGUUUUGGUUAUAUCUUGUAUUAUAAGAACUCAGCUUACUACUUACAUGCCUUGAGGAUGGGCAUCCCCUCUCGAAAAGGGACAUAAUCACACAUCAAAAAAAGAGAUAAAAUCAAAAUGAUAAUACAAAAAGAAAGACAGUCGUAUUGACCUGAUUCUGCUUUCGCAAGAGGACAACGCAGCACCCCAUCAUCCCAUCCCGUGUGAUUGAUUACCUUGUCGUUGUGCCGGGCAUCAAGUGCGGAGCAACCCUGCAGUGGACAUUCUCAACGGCCCCAUCCUUGAUGGCACUCCUCUGGGCAAGCAACAGGGGUGUCGAUACAGGCGAGCAUGGUGUUUGCCUUUUGCUCUCGCCCGGAUUCCCUCGAAAAAAACUCUCCCGC